UUUUCAACUUUACUAGAUACUUCGUUCCAUAGCAAUCGCUUGACAAAAUUUCUAGCUAGCUACGCAUCGUUUCUCAAAUUUCCUUGUCACCUGCCGGUAACCUUUUCGCACUUGUCGCAAAAAUUUGCCGAUCGCGAAAGUUGUUACUAGCCUUUCAACAUUGUUCAUGCUGAAUCAUGGCGCUUAUUGUUGGUCUUUUUAUUCUUUAUGUUACCAUCGAAUUGUCCAUUGCUAAUAUUAUCUGCCCCGGCCCUAAUCAGAGACCGUGUGGGGUUGCUUGCUACGACACAUUUCUGGAGCAACAGUGCCUGAAUGGUAUCAUUUGUAAGAAAGGCGAGCGGCUGUGUGGACAGAAAUGCUACAGUCCGUUCCACGGACAGCAAUGCAUCGACGGAGUGAUCUGCGAUAAGGGCAUGAAACUAUGCGAAGGUGUCAAAUGUUAUUCCACGUUCCACGGUCAAAGAUGCUUUCCCAACGGUGUGGUGUGUGAGAAAGGGGAAAUCGUUUGUGGAACGCAGUGUUAUAAUCCCUUGAUCGGACAGCAAUGCCUCUCGGCCGUUGUCUGCGCCAAAGGUCAACUGUUAUGCGGAGACCACUGUUACAGUCCCGAAACUGGUCAACAGUGCAACAUACCCAGUCCUGGAUAAGGCAAAUAUUCUAAUGCGCACAUAAGGUUCUGAAAUGAUUUGUUAUGCACCGUGAAUUUUUCCAGCAGUCAGUAACUGUCACGUGCAACAUACAUCGGGAUGCUAUGCAUUAUAAUUGCUGAUAUUGCUUGUAUUUACAUAUAUAUGACUGGUUAUUUGUGUCGUAUCCGCAGUUGUGUACAAAAUCUAAUUAAUUUGCAUUACAUUACUUAAUUGCCUAAAUGAUAAUGGCAUGACUAAACAACAAUGGAAGUUGACAGUAAACUCUGAUGGAUAGAGGAAAUAAAACUUU